UUGAUGGGCUAAGAAAAAGAAUAACCUCAAAGAGGGAACAUCAUUGACUUGCCGUGUUGUCAGGGGAUACAUCAAGGUGAUGCACAUGCCGCCUUAGUGUAGCCAAUGGGAGGUCCUAGUUCCACGGCUGCGCAAUUGAUGACACUUCCCAUUUCCUGUCCUCCAAAAGCAUGUUUCGUCCCAUGCAGAGAAGAUUGAUCCAUUCAUCGUGGUGUUUACUAAAGAAAAAAAGUACAGCGGAGAAAAGGUGGCUUGUCCGGCAGUCGAACGACCCGUACGUCAAAGCUUCGCACGCCCUCAACUUUCGCUGCAGGAGCGCCUUCAAGUUGCUGGAGAUCGAUGACAAGUUCCGGCUCCUUCAGCCGGGAUGCUGCGUGGUGGACUGCGGUGCAGCUCCUGGAGCCUGGAGCCAGGUGGCGGUGCACAGGGUCAACUCGGCAGGCACAGAUUCAAAGUUACCCAGUGGGACAGUCAUUGGCAUUGACCUCCUAAACAUGCACCCUCUGGAUGGCGCCCACUUCAUGUCCAGCCACGACGUCACGGACCCCGCCACACACGCCAAGCUUCUUGACCUUCUCCCUGGCGGCCAGGCUCACCUGCUCCUUAGUGACAUGGCCCCCAACGCCAGCGGCUUUCGGGAACUGGACCACGAGAGACUCGUCACGAUGUGCUUGUCUCUCCUGGACUUAGCCGAAAAGAUCUUGCGGCCCGGAGGUUCGCUGCUGUGCAAGUACUGGGAUGGAUUCCUAGCCCGUAAACUCCAGGAGAGGCUUUUGCUUGUGUUUGGUAGCGUACAAAGUUUAAAGCCAAAUGCGAGUCGGAAGGACUCUGCUGAGAGGUAUUUCCUCGCCAGGAACUUCAGGAAAGUCAUGGGAUAGAAGAUUUUGAUACUUCAGCCGUUUCCACCAGUUUAGGCUUGUUGGUCUGCAACCUCCUGGCCCUAGUUUCCGAUAUAUCAACCUGGAUUUUGUAUUGAUAAUGAUAAUUAUAAUACAAAUAAAAUACUAAAUAUAAAGAAAAAGGAAAUAAUAAAAAAAAAACAAUUGCUGAAAAAUGUCUAAAGUACAAACAAAUUUUAAAAUGUGUAUAAUUUAAGGCGGGUUUUUCUAUGAUAAAUAAAACAACAGACGCUAAUUUAUUACAAGAAACAUGAGCAGGAAAGGUUCAUUUAAUCACAUUUAAUAUCAACAGUUUGCGGCCAUGUGUUGCUUUUGAGGAACAUGAGGUGCACUUUAUAGCUGUCAUCAAUAGGUGGCACUGUUGAGGCACCUUGCUGAAUUGUAUCCCAUCUGCAGCACUGGCUCAGUCAUAUGUAGACCUUUUAUGAGAAGCAUAUGCCUGGAGAGUGAGCUCCACUGAACCUCUUAGUUGGCCCACGGUGUUUGUCCUACGCUCUCACUUUUUUUGCUAUUUGCUUUGUGGAAAGACAUUUACCGGCUCUGCUCAUGCUAGUAAUUAGCACCGGCGGCCAUGUAGAAAUAUCCCACUCUUGUCAUUGAGAGGGGGUGAUGAUGAGGAAGCGCUCGCACACACUGCAUGACUAAUAGGAAGGAAGGAGCCGUGUGACGCUUGGCUCUCAGGCAGGGAAAACAUUAGCGGCCUUUGGACAGCCCACUGCUGUGGAGUUCGCUAUCAUUUUGUUAUUGUAAGCUUGAUGUAUUUAUUGGUUUUAUAAUAAAAAUGCAUCAUACCAACUGUUUUGUGUCAUUCCAUGAACUAAAGCGUAAAGAGGACAGGUUUCAGAAAUUUGAAAACUGAUACCUUAGUAAGGGUCGUUAAUCUAAAUAAUAGCGUAAAGCCAAAAAUGUUAACACAAAACAUGUUUUUAUAGUGUCACAAUUAUUGUUUUAUGUGCAGAAAACACUUAGAAAUGCAUAUAAAUGAUGAAUCAAAGGGAUAAAUUAACAUUUAACAUCACUUUAACCUCGAUUGAAGACGUGAUUGUUGACAAAGACACCUUUGUGUUUUGCUGUGAGUUAUUUCUUCACCUUCUUUAUCAAAAUGCUGGCACUCGCAACUUUCAAUGACUGCAUUAUGGAGUAUUUUGCAGCCGUGAUCAAAAGAAAAGCAGAGUCAACCGCUGAUGACAUCACAGACGGGCGACGGAGCUGACUUGGAGCUUUUGUUUUCAUGUAGUAGCAAUCUAAUAAGGUGCUAAAGAGGACAUUUUGCGAUUAAAAAAAUGCAUGAAGAACACAGUUGGACUCAUGAAAACUGAGUGGGGGAGAAGGACAAAGAAAGAAGCCAAAAACGUACCACUUCCACAUGGAAUGGGAGAACUUUUUUUUUUUUUUCCACUAUGCCAUGUCAGACUCUACAUCCAUGGUUGCAAGUUAAGGUAGUGUAAUGUCUCAUUAAUGUAACAUUACUGAUGCCUAGUGACCAGAAUACACUUCGUCUUUCAGAAUUUUUUGGACUACUAAUAGGCCAUAGUCAACCGUGAAACAGCGAUCAUUUAUUAAUAAUUUUUUUUUAAAUGCGAUAGAGUGAGGGAGCGAUGUUCGAACCGCCAUAUAACGAGGAAUGACUGUAUAACAAUUCUUUUAACUUUAAUAAUGAUUUUGGAUUGCAUGAGAAAAUGGAAAGGAAAACUUUGCACAUGGUCAUUUAUUACAAGUAUAUUGCACAACACAUCAGCAACAGAACCAGUGUUGGAGUAUCUCUUAACCAGCCAUCACUUAUUUGUUUUUGUGGCAUAAUUCUGCAUGGCGACAGGCAAUCCAGUCUAGAGAUGUCUACACAUUGAUUAAGUAGUUCACUCACCAUAAAGAGCGUCUUUCUUUUCAACAUGCAAACUUUCCAACCCCUGCAAAUUGGAUUUUGAGACCAUUUUCCCAUGCUCAUUUAUUAACAAGUACAUUGCACAAACACAGCAGCCACACAACCACUGUUGUAAUAGCGGUAAGGUGCAAACUGCUCAGCCAGCAUUAAUACCACAGUUCAUUGGAAACGACAGCACGACAAGUGUAACACGCGUGAGUUUCACACAAUCAUCUAACAUUUUAAAGUGCAUGCAGAUGUAGAUGCUGGAUGCUGACCACUCACAUUUGAAAUGCAGCUACCGCCAUUCUGUGGCAUUAAAAAAAAAAUACGGCCACAGCUAUUAAUGCCAAUGUUUUAGGACCUAGUGAUACUUUGAGUCAGACUAGUGAGACUCUGUGGUUAACUAAAUAGGGGCCUUAAUUGGAGCAUUUAUGGGAUGUUUUUAUGAAACAAAUGAAGCGUACAGUGAAUGUAGUGUAUGUAGACAUAUGUACUUGACAAAUAAUGCGGUAAACAACGUGCUUUGCAUAUUUUUCAAGCGUGU